AAGGUCAUGGUUAGAUACCGGCCGAUCUCGGCAAACAGUUUUCUUAAAGUUGCGGCAAGGUGUGGGUCAUCUUUCAAUUGAUUACGGGAUCAUUUCGGAGUGAAAUAUACGCUCACUUGGAGAACUCUUGAUUGCUUGGAAUGCAGACUCCAAAAGCAAUGUGUGGUGCUUAAGUGAUUUUGUUUUGCUAAUUUUUUAGGAGCAAUUAUUUUAUUCAAAAAUUGUUUUUUUUUUAAUCCCAGUGUUUUGUGAAAAAAACUUUGAUUUUUUUCUUAAAUCAAUAAAAUACUUUAAAGUGGAACCUAUCAAGAGAUAUUUUGUGUGAAAAACAUGCCCGAAAGGAAGAAUAUUUUGAGUGAAUAUGAGGGGUGACUGUUUUGUGCUAAGAGGUCCCUAAUAUACUGACUUUCAAGUGCGAAAAAAUCCUUCCCCUUUGAUACGAGAAAAAAUCAUGGAGACUUGUGUUUUGAUACCUCAGGAGCUAGCUUUGGCCGUUACAACGGCAGGAGCAAGGCACUCAAGUGAACCAAUUGUGUCCGUUUGGAGCAUUACAAGGAUCCCCCAGGGAUCACUCUGCUACCCCUUUCAAGGAACCAUAAGGACCGAUAAGUUGGAAGUCUAUUCGUACGUUUCAGAUGACGAUAUACGGCAUCGAUUUGGUCUGUACGAUGAGAUUUCCUCGACAAAUGGCAAGAGAGUGCGGCACUGCAAUUGGAUAAGAUUUCUCAGGGUUUCGGACACCUAUGGACCAAUGGUAAAUAUAGUGUGUACAAAGGUUAAGGGGGAACCAAUUUAUGAAAUUGUGAAGCCAAUACCUGCUCACCAAGAGCUAGUCGUGUAUUACUUGCCCGAGCGGCCGGAGGAGCUCUUUUUUGUCCGGAUGCGAAAUACGCUGUAUCGGCAAACGAUGGACUCGAUAAUUGAAGACUCCCCGCUGGAUCUUUCCAUGUCCCUCAUGUCCCGCGUCUUGCUACCCAUUUCACCGAUCUCGGGCGGGGAGGAUGAACACAAAUCCGUAUCCGGGGAGUCCUCGACGUCUUCAUCGGCGGCCAGCUGUACGGGGGAGGAGGCCGGGAUGCUGCCCAGAUGCUCCCCAAAGUCACGCACAACGCGUGGUGAACGGGCCCUACUUCCCUGCGAGGUAUGCGGAAAGACCUUCGAUCGACCUAGUCUGCUGAAGCGACACAUGAGAACACAUACAGGUGAAAAGCCCCAUGUAUGCAUGGUAUGCAAUAAAGGCUUCAGUACAUCAAGUUCAUUGAACACACACCGUCGAAUACACUCAGGCGAGAAGCCGCAUCAGUGUCAGGUGUGUGGGAAACGCUUUACAGCCAGCUCCAAUUUAUAUUACCACCGAAUGACUCACAUUAAGGAGAAACCUCAUAAAUGCGGACUGUGUUCCAAGUCAUUCCCAACUCCGGGUGAUUUAAAGUCCCACAUGUACGUCCACAGUGGCUCUUGGCCGUUCAAGUGUCAUAUUUGCUCGAGAGGAUUUUCGAAGCACACCAAUCUCAAGAACCACCUCUUUCUCCAUACAGGUGACAAACCCCAUGCGUGCGAGCUGUGCAACAAGAAAUUCGCCCUGGCCUGCAAUUUGAGGGCUCACAUGAAGACGCACGAAGGUGAUCCCCAAGAGGAAUGCAUAAACUGUGGCAAAAUGUACUUGCUGUCAUCGAAUAUCAUACAUCAGGGAAUGUGCUCCAAAUGCAUCUCUAAUUCAUCUGAGGAAUCUGGGGAGCGACACAGGGAGUCCAGAACGAGUAUUUUUCGCUCAUCAGGUGAAUCUGGGACUGAGGAUGAAUCCAUAAACGAAGACACUGAAUGAGUAUAAAUAAUGUUGGGUGUAAAUUCUUAAAGUAUUACCAUGUUUCUUACGUUGAAUACAAAUGUUAAUUUAUUAAGUUAAUUCGGUUUGUAAUUUAAAAUGUCAAUUUAUGGAAUUCCCAGCGAGAAAUUUUUUCAAUUUCGUGUUUUUUUUUUUUUUCAAGUUCAAAAAUGUGGAAAUUUUUGCACGAAGAAAAAUUCAGAAAGGGUUUAUUUUCUCAAAUUGGUUUUCUUUUGAUUUUGUAUAUAGGAUUUGAUGAAGAUGUUUUUUUUUAAAUCUAUUUUGGUGUAUAUAAGCUGUCGGAUAUCGAAAAGUAAAAUGCUGUGUGAAUAAAUUGAUCGUAUGGAGUUCAUGUUUAUGUUGAACUCUCAGAGUGAGAACUUGACAAUCAUGUUGUGGUGUCUUAAGCUAUAUUAUGUGCACGUUAUUAUUCGAAUUUUAAUUGAUUCAGAAAAUAUAAGUUCUAGCUCGCUAUGUAUCACAUCUGCCAGUCUCAUUUUUCAUUUUACGCUUCAAAACAUAUAGAUACACUUUUCAAUCACUUUUUAUGCUCCUUCUCGUAUGGAUUCUGGACCUUUUUUUUGUUCCACCUCAUACCUACAUACAUAUAUGCUUUUUCCUCCGGUGCUGCCCCUUCGGAACCAUACUUUUUUAUGACAUUUUUUAACUGUACAUUAAUACAAUCGUGUGACAGAAGAUUAAAUUCGUGGAAUGUCUUUUUUUCACGUAAUUUACUAAUUUCAACCGACCCCAGAUCGGGCCAGUUGAUUGUGUCAAUGAAAUCCAUCUUACACAGCAUCAAUGAGACAAAAUAUUUGAGCAGUUCCCAAAUGGUACACCGGGAAUAUAAUGAGAUAGAUUGUGACGAGAUCCCCUCACAUAGAAUCAUGUAUAUUUGAUCUCUGCUGAAAUGAGACCAAGAUCUAUGUCUCCCCCAAAAUCCCGGACGGCUUUAGAGACUCCCAAAACUCUUUGACAAAGCUAAAGCCACAACAAGUACAAAAAAAAUUUCAACCUGCUAUACGCCGUAUAAUUGAACAUCUAAUUCGACAGCUAUCAGAUUUCACGAUUCUUAGGCUAAUUUCUCGAUAUACCUACAUAUUGCAUCAUUUAUGAUUUAUGGGAUCGAAUACUAAAUCAAUUUCUCAUGUGUUCCGUUGCAAUCCCUUCACACUUUAAUCAUGCUCAACUUCUUCAGAAUCCCUCGUGUGGCUUCUCAAUAUUACAUGCAAAAUAUUGUUUUCUAUUAAUUAGAAUCAAGCAGUGAACCAGAAAAUGAUUACUUAAAAAUCGAAUAAGCAUUAUGAGAGAAUAAAUAUCUGUACAGAAUUAAGUGAUUUGUUUGCUAAAGACGUCAAGUAUUGCCUAAUAAAAAUUAUUUUAUUUCUUGGAAAAGAUUUUUUUAAAUAUUGAAAUAUAAAAAAAAAAGUUUUCAAAGACUAGUUUGCUGCAAAAUGCAAUUUUCUUUUCAAUUACAAAAAAUUACUUUUGAAAAUUCUAGCAGUUUUUACAUGUUUUUUUUUCAAAGCUUAUUAACGCAUUCCCGAUUGGUAAAUUAUAGCAUAUUUUCUUGUAGUAUCUUUUAGAAAGCUUACAUUAAAAAUUUUCAGUAGGGUACCUCAACUCGUUGAUAAACAUAAAAUUCUAGCAGUUUUUCUUUAAAUAUUGUAAUAUUAAGGCGUCCAGUGGUACUCAAGGUGUCUUUCAGAAAUACAUUUUCUAGCAGUUUUUUUGAAGUUGCAAUCACAUUAUUUAUAAACAAGUUAUAAAAAAAAAUUACAUAAAAUCCAACAAAAAACUGCUAGAAUUUGCCAGUUUUUACGUAUUAAACUAAUAAUUAUUUGAGAAAAAUCCUUGAAUAAAACUAUACUAUAAUGUUUUUGCAAUAAAAUGUUUCCCGGGAAAUCAUCUAAAUGCAUGGAACCCGUAAUAAAAAAAUGUUUCAAGAACAAAUAAAAAAAAACAGAAAACUUUUAAAAAAACUGCUAUAAUUUUUUUAAAUUAAUCAUAUAAAAAUUCAAAAUAUUAAUUUUAAUUUAUUGAAUAAUCUCUUUUUGUCAAUAAAAUAAAAUGCUUGACGUCUUUGUAUGCUAAAAGCGCUAAGAUAUUAAUUUUAAGAUUUUUUUUUAUAUACCUACCGCUCUCUACAAUUUUCCCACUGUUAGUUUUAAGUUCAUUUUCAUGACAAUGUACUGUUGGUGUAAGUAAUAGGAUGUUUAUUAAAUAUUUAUGUUCCACCUUUCUAGUCAAGUAUAUGUAUUAAACAAAAAUGCAAGCACAAAAAUGGGUUGGCAAGAAUUUAUUAUAUCGAACAUAAUCUCAAAAUAUUGCUAGAAAUUUAAUUUUAUCACUCACUGUUUGAGAUUUAUUAAUUGAGUUUCAAAAAUGAUUUAUUAAAAAAAAAUCAAGGAUUUGUCAGCAAAUGAAGUCAUUUUAGAAGACGAUCUUCUUCUUCAAACAAAUUUUUCGAUACUUUUGAAAAUAUUUAAAAUGAUCCCAAAAAUAGAUUUGCAGUUCCAAUAAAAGCCAGAAGAGAAAUAGUUCAUCUGAUGUGAUUUCUUUUGCUGAACAAGUUAAGAAAAAAAACUCCAAUAAACUACCACAAGCUUCUUUUUAAUAUUAUUUUUUUUAGGAAGCUCUACGAACAAAAAAAUUCAACAUACAAUGUCUUUGAUUUAUCAGACAAACUAAAGAGGUACAGAGCACCAAAUCGAUUUCAUAUUGUCUGCAUUUUAUUCUCCCGCUCGUAUCUCCAGCAGUUUGUGAGAUAGUAUCGUGCACUUGCCUUUGUCGGCCACCCAGUUAUAUAUAUAAAUAUAUAUACACAUAGGUAUCUGAUGAACAUUGUUAAAAUGACUUUAAAAAAUAUACAGCUUGAAUUUCACAUUCAAUUUACAAA